AGGUUGGCGACUCUGAUUAAUAAAAUGACGUCACUAGUGAAUAUGGUUGCAUGUUAAAAUUUCAAACGUCAUAUUUUUUUAUUCUUUGUGAUAAUUAUUUCAUACAAUUCGUUUAAUUUUAAUAAGUUGAUACACGAAAAUUUCAUCUUCAGAAUAUAUAUUACUGUUUCCUUUAUUUGAAAAAGAUUUUCAUAGGCAGAAAUGGAAAAUCCAAGUGCAAGCAGAAUGCCUUCUAAAUUGGAACAAACCCAACAACAGGUAAAUGAAGUGGUUGGUAUUAUGAGGGUGAAUGUUGAAAAAGUUUUGGAAAGAGAUCAGAAACUCUCAGAGCUGGACAGUCGUGCAGAUGCUCUUCAGGAAGGUGGAAAAAGAUUCGAACAGCAAGCUCAGAAGUUGAAAAGGAAGUAUUGGUGGAAAAAUAUCAAGAUGAUGAUUAUUAUGGGAGUUAUUGGAGCAGUUAUACUAAUAAUUAUUAUUGUAUCAAUUGCCAAGUCGUUCAGUAAUGACAGUGAUGCACCGGCUACACAAGCAGUUACAGCAGCACCAUCAUCAUAAAUGGUUUUAAUAUAUCCUUUAACUGAAUAUUUUAUGUUACUGUAUCAUUAUAAAAUAACAGAUCAAAAUAACUUUAGGAACACAUGUGCUUGGUUCUGACUUUCCUUCAAAAUGUGUUUGUAUUGGUACAUAUUUUUUAAUUAAUAUAGUAGUAUAAUAGUUCGUAGAUCAAGUCAAAAGCUCAACAUCAACAGGGCCUAUUUAGAUUUUGGUUCAAUAACAAAAUGAGUGCUAUGAAAGUAAUAGCACUUGUGAUGGAACUGACUCCACUUUUAUUUCUAAUAUAGGUCAAUUGAACAAAAAAUUCAAUAAUAUGAAUUAAAUUCAACAUACAUUGUUGAAUUUAUGAUUAUUAUUGUAAUUUGCUGUAUACUAAUCUUGUCAAAUUACCAAAAAAAAUAUGAUGACCAAUCCUCUUGAUUGCAAAGAAACACACUUUCUCAAUUUGAAAUCCAAUAAUAUAUUUUUGAACAAGAUUUAUUUAAUAAUAAGUGAAAUUCCCUUUCUAAAUAAUAAUAAUACUUUGAAAGGCAAAUAUAUUGAAAAAUACCUAAUAUAUUGUAGCAUAAGACCUUAAACAUUUUUGAUCACAUACUGAGACUAUUCUGUUGACAUUGUUGAUUACACUAAACUAACAAUCACCAUUACCCUGUCUAGUACUUCGAGAGCCUUUGAUAGGUCACUGAUACUUAUCCUGCUCGAAGACUAGACUUGUAAUGUUGGUAUUGGUAUAGAGUUAGUAAAAAAUGUGUAUUGAUACAAUCAAUGGAUCCAAAAAUUACAAAUUAGUAUUGAGACUUUCAUUAUUAAUUAUUUGUCACUUUGAGAAAGUGUUUGGUUCUUUGAAGUUCUGUAGCUACUUAAGUAGAAGCCUUAAAAUGUGCCUUCAUAUAUUGAAAGACAAUCACUUACAAUCUAUAGUAAAAUGUCUAAAUUCUGAAAGUAUUACCUUGAUAUAUAAAUCUAUUUUUGAUAUUGAACUGACCAUAUUAAUAAAUAUAAAACAUAUGAGAUGAAUUUUUUAAUAUAAUGUAAUCAAUCAAAAUAUCAAAGCUAGGCUUUAUUCUUACAAAAAAGAUGAAUUAUCACUAAAAAAUAGAAUAUAUCAUUGUAUUUUCAUUCUCAAUCAUUUGAAUGUGAAUUUUUCUCUUUUAAAUUUAUGAUAUCUCUAGUUUUGAAGUAUUGUAUUGUAUUUUCAGAGUUUCAUUGAAAUUUUUAGUCAAAAAACAUCAUAAAUUGCACACACUUCUCUCUGGGUUCUAUAAGAGGCCCCAAAAAUCUAGUUACUAAUUUAUGGUUUUGUCUUAAAUUCACACAAAUUUUAAAAUAUUAUAUCUCAAGAUGUUAUAUGUUUGUUUUUGUUAUAUUGUAGAAUUAGAGCACAAUGAAAACUUUAUCGGAACAGGUAGUUUGUUUAUCUUUAUUGAUAUGGUCAUUCUUUUUAAAAAAUGGAAGUUAAUUGUCGGUUGUUCAUAUGUACAUUAACAAAUUUUUCCAAUAGGAAAUAUUUUAGUUCGAAUAGUCAAGGUUAAUUUGAUUGCAUUUGUUUUAUUCUAUUUCUAUAAAUAGUUUGUUUAUUACUUGUAUUUAAUUUGGAAAAAGAACUUGUUGAUGAAGGGAAGUUUUAUUAAAACAAGAAAAUAUUGUAUGAAGAAGAAUAUGUUACUACAUACACUCAAAUAAUAGCGUCUGAUUGCAUAGGCGAAUUUAUCUUUGUUUUAAUUGAUGAAUCCAUAUCUUUUAUUGUUUCUCUUCAUUACAAUUGUUUGAUUAUUCCCAGUUUUCAUAACUUUAUUUCUGUGUCCCUCUAUUCGAUACUUGUUCUAUUUACCAACUUCCUGUCCAUAUUUGCAUCUAUCCCCCGUUUUUCAGUUUUAGUUUAAUUCAAAUUUCAAUGUUUUUCCUAGAUGACAAUGAAGCACAACUUUGUUUUUUAUUUCAUUAUUUCCUUGGUGUGAUUGCCAUAUAAAAAUAUUCUUUUGGUUUUUCUAUACUAAAUUUGUUAAAAAUAUUUUUUCCUUUAACUGAUAAUGAAGAACUAGUUUUGUUGAAAAUAUUUUCAGUGUUUUCUUGCAAUGACAUUUAUCAAACAAUGCAGGAGUUUUCUUUCAUCUAUAUGGUUAAGUGGAAUUUUUAUAUAUUUUAUAAAACGUAUAACACCAUCAUAUGGACAACCUGCACAAAGUAACUGUGAUGGUUUGAAUUUCUUUGUAGAACUUGUACAUAAUAAAUCAAAUAAAAACUAUAAUUAUAUUAAACUCAACAGUAUAUGAACCUCAAAAUGUUUUAUUUUUGUAUUCUACUGGUUUUUAACACCUAUACACAGAUAAUAUUUUAGAAAAUUGUCCUAAUUUUUCUCAUAUUGGUAAUCAGGGACAAGAGCUAAAAGAACGAGGUAAAGAAAUAUCUAUCUUUUAUAAUGUCAGUCUAAUUUUUCAGCUUAUCAAUUAUCGAAAUACAAACCAAUACAUAGCUAUUAAACUUUCAAAAAAAAUUUAUUGGUUCAAUUAUAAAUUGAAAUUAAUCAAGUAUUUGUCAUCUUUAUUGUCAAUUUAUCAGCCUUAAGAAUUCCAACAAAAACAUACUGUUGGUUAUAGUAAAAAUUUUUGUUUGAUUUAUUUAUAAACUAAUUGUUACAUACAAUACAUAUUUGUUGUUAGUAUUAUGUUUUGCCACUUUUAUAUGACUAUUAACAUUUUGGAUGGGAAUUUAUCUUUACAAUUAGAAUUAAUUAUAUGUCUAUUUGAUAGAGGAACUUUUAAUUAUAUUUAUCUUAAUAAAUAUUUAUUUACAAAAA